AUGCUCACUGCAAGGAUGGUCCCACUGCUCGUCCUGCUCCUCAUCUUCUCCCUGCACUGCGCCGCAGCCCACUUCACGCCCACCGAAUGCUGCUUUGAGUACGCACAGAAACCCAUCCGACACAUCCAGAGUUUCUAUGAGACACCCAGCAACUGCCCCUUGCAUGCAGUUGUGUUUGUGGCUGCCACCGGUGCUGAGGUCUGCACCAACCCCAGGAAGCCCUGGGUGAAGAAAGCCAUGAAAAAGCUUCAAAGGAAAUAA